ACGCCGCCGUCCACCAAAUUAGCAACUUUGCGCCUCUCCGCCGGCUGCAAACGCUGUCGUCGCCUCGCCUCCCCCUGCCGCUCCCCACGCCUCACGCGGAGAUACGGCCGCAUCUGGGCGCAUCUCGUUGCGCUGACGCUCCGGCGCCGCCGCCCCAGCCUGCCGCAAGUCGCCGGCCCCGUCAGGCUCCGCGUCCAGCCUCCGGCAUGUUCGCGCCUACGGUUGCUGGGAAUCCGUACGCCUAGCAGCGAAUUGAUAAGUCCCUCCCACCUUUUGUUUGCUCUCUACAAAUUCCGUAGGAAUCCAAAAUUGGUUGAAAUCUUGCGACUAGUUAGCAUCUGAAAUCUGUCCGUCUCCACCUUUUUUUUAGUGGGCAUGAUUGCAGCGCAAGAUCACUAAGAAACGACAAAGCUGAAUACUUCGUUUGGAGCAUAUAGCAUAUUAUAGCAGCAACUUGUAUCAGAGCACAUUAUAUCAGCAUUCAGCCACUAGUAUCUGCUGUUAGUACUUCAAUUGGAGCAUAUCAAAUUAAAUAGUUCGUUUGCCUGCAGAAUUAACUAGUUGAUCUGGAUCAAGACGACGACUUAUUCUCAUCGCAGGGUGGGGGUGAAGACGACUUGGGCAGCCAUCAUACACUAAGCAUCCAACUUGUGCAGGAAGUGGAGAGCUUGCACCCAGUGGUGGUGAACUAGUGAUCUUGUUGAGGAACCUCCUAGUUUUGCUCUCCGAGGCAAAAUUCAGUGGCAGUGGAAGAUCUGGCGAGCAAGGAAGAUUCAGCAACGAUUGUGGCGGUGAUGGCCUCCAGCAUCCAUGAAUCCACUGCAGAACCCCUCCAGGUAAUCAUGAACCCCCUGCUCCUAUCAUCAGCAUGCUCUGGCUCUUGGCAGGACUUGGAGUUUCUGCUCAACAGGGGAAUCGAUCAAGUGCAACCUUCCAUUAUGCCUAGUCAAGCAUUUCUUGACCUGCUUAUGGCCUACGGCUCCGACAGCUGCAUCAACAAAAGCGCGUCAACGCAGCGAGUUUCCGAUGAUAUCGAAGCAUUUCUUAACCUGCCUUCAACUGUGCCGUCACUCCUGGAUGGAGUCACCACUGAAGGGGGCACCGUACUCCAUGUGGUGGCCACAUAUGGCGACAGUGAUGGCUUCUUGAGGAGUGUGGACACCAUCCAUAGCAAGGCAAAACACCUUCUGUUUGCGCAAAACAAUAACGGCGACACGCCCCUGCACUGUGCUGCACGAGCUGGGAUGUUCCGGAUGGUCUCUCAUCUCAUUAGUUUGGCCAGAGAUGAGAGUACGAGUGUUAACAGAGUGAAGGAAUUCGUGGAAAUGGAGAACAAGCUUAAGGAGACAGCAUUGCAUCAGGCAGUCCAUAUUGGGGAUAAUGACAUAGUCAAGCUGCUAAUGGAGGAAAAUUCAGAGUUGGCCAGUAUUCCGAAAGACGGCACUUCACCUCUGUACCUGGCUAUCUUGCUGGAAGAGGACAUCAUUGCUGAGACACUUUAUAGUGCAAGUAACAUGUAGCUUUCCUACUCCGGGCCUAAUGGACAGAAUGCGUUGCAUGCCGCGGUUCUUCGAGGCACAGAGCUUACUAAAAAGGUCUUGGAAUGGAACAGUGAUCUCACUACACAAACAGAUGAAAGCCGGAGUACACCUCUCCAUUUUGCUGCAGCUCUGUUAGGGCAAAGUCUCCAAGGAAGUGUAUGCUGCCAAGUAUUG